UUAAUGGCAUAUCUGCUGCUGAGCUGAGGGACAGUAUCCUUCUGCUUCCCAUUACAAUGCUGAAAGCCACCGUCCCGCUGCUCAGCUGUGUUUCUGUGGAUAUAAUCUGUUCAGCUGGACGCUCUCUGCACCUCAGUCUAUGCUGAUGACUUUGAUGUAGCUAUGUGCAUUUCCUGGCGGAUUUUGACUAUAACCUCUACCUGGUGACAGGACCUUGGCCGUUCAUUUCUGUCACCACCUGACUAUUACAGUCCCUGCACACUCUGUAAUACAGUCAGCCAUGCCAGAUGCAGCUGAAUAACGAGUAGCAUUGGGGGUGGGGUUGGGGACUCCAUUUUUUCUAAACUCCCAUCAAAAGACUGCCAUGUUUGUGAUAGAAUGAGAAACUGAGUGGGGGAAAAGUGGAAAGCAAGUGAGACUGACGGGGCCAAAGCGCUUGUGUUGGUAACAGAAAAGAAGAGCCAUCCUAUCAGUAGGUUGGCAGCUCCUGAGACAGCCAGGCCCUGAGGAUGACUAGCCUGUUCAAGCGCAGCAGCAGCAAUGGAGGCUCUGGAAGCAGUGGAAGUGGUGGUGGGGGUGGCAGCGGACCGGGCCAGCUCAACAACAGCAGGCCCAACCGGCAGGUCCGACGCCUGGAGUUCAACCAGGCCAUGGAGGACUUCAAGACCAUGUUCCCUUCUAUGGACUAUGAGGUGAUUGAGUGUGUGCUGCGCUCCAACAAUGGAGCUGUGGACGCCACUAUUGACCAGCUGCUCCAGAUGAGCAUUGACGGACAGGGCUCAGAUGACAGCUCGGACUCAGAUGACAGCAUCCCAGCAGAGAUUCUGGAGCGAACAUUGGAACCUGACAGUUCAGAUGAGGAACCCCCUCCAGUCUACUCUCCACCGACCUAUGAUAUGCACAUUUAUGACAGAAAAUACCCAGAAGCCCCACCAACACCCCCGCCAAGAUUUGAAGCCCAGCCACCUCCAGGUCACCAGCAGGUCAGAAGUUACCGGAACUGGAACCCUCCUUUGCUCGGAAAUCUCCCAGAUGAUUUUUUGCGGAUCCUGCCACAGCAGUUGGACAGUAUAAAGAGCUCUCAGAGCAGUCUGUCCCAGCCUUCAUCGUCAUCCUCUUCCUCAGUUUCUUCAAUAAACCAAUGGACAGCCCAGUGUGGCUCUCAGUCUGGAGCUGCAGGGACCUCUGGAGGGUCAGGUUUGACGACAGGAGCCACAGAGCAAGACAAGAAACUGAAGCAGUAUCUGGAAGACGAGCGUAUCGCCCUGUUUCUGCAGAACGAGGAGUUUAUGAGAGAGCUGCAGCGCAACCGCGAGUUCCUCAUCGCCUUAGAGAGAGAUCGCUUGAAGUAUGAAUCAAAGAAAUCAAAGUCCAAUCAUUCAUCUAGCAUGGAGAGUUCCACAGGAGAACAGUGUGCAGCUUCAAUAGAGGCAGUCUCUGAUGACGCCCUGUUCAGAGACAAACUCAAACACAUGGGCAAAUCAACAAGAAAGAAGCUGUUUGAAAUUGCCAGAACUUUCUCAGAAAAGACAAAGAGGAGAAAGUCAAAAAGGCGGAUGCUUCUGAAGCACCAUUCACUGGGCACAGCCAACUCUACAGCCAAUCUCCUCGACGAUGUAGAGGGAAAUCCCUGCGAGGAAGAUGGUCAGCCCAGACGAGCAAACACUCAGGAAGAGAAUGAACAACGCAAUGAGCCAAUAUUAUGAUCCUCCUAUGCUGCACCAUAUCAGGGUUACCAUGGCGACGGCAGCAUGACCCAUGGGUGGUGGCCUUGCAGCUCUUCCUGUCCCCACCUGCUCACCCCACCCUAAUCCAAACCAGCCAAUGUAAGGCUCAGCAAUGAGUUGAGACUCCCCCCUCCUUCCUAGGGAGAGGACUGGACUGUUCCCAGCACUGGCCUAACUGUCUAUAAAUGCAUUAUCUCUGUAUUAUAACACUUUGUUAAUAUAUAAUUUUAAAUGUAAAGGAAAAUGCAUUAGUCCUUACUAGUAUUUGUUAACUGCUUCCUUUAAUCCACUGAGAGGAACACUAGCUUAGUGAUGAUCUUGCCAUAUGAACCUUUAUUACUUUUCCAGACUGUGUUUCUGAUCGGUGUCCCUCAGGCUUGACAUUUCAAAUCCAAAGUGUUCACAUGCUCCUUUAUAUACACUAAACCAUGUAGAGCUUUUUUACCAUGUUUUCUUAAUCCAAUUGUAAUAUUCUGCUGUUUUUGAACGUCAGGGGUUAUGUAACUGAAAUUCUUAUGUGUCAUACGUGUCAGCAUAUUGUGGCCAUUAAAGUAGUGGCUGCCCAAAAUGUCACCACUUGACCAUUGUAACCAAUUUAUCACAUGUAAUGGACUGUGUUCUUUGAAAGCAUGUUUGGAGCAGUUUAUUAGUUUGCUUUGUAUGGCAAGGUGAGAACGGUGUCAUUCAAUCUCAUGUAGCACCACUAUCAGCACAGUUGUCAAAAAUAAACCAGGAUGAGGGACCAUGAGCAGACUGGUAUCACAUGAAGGAUAAUGGGAACUUGUUGCUAAGUUUCAACAGAAUGACUUAAUAAAAACUAUUUUCAAACAACCAUGAUACCAAAAAAGUUGGGAUGCUGUAUACAAUGUAAAUAGAAACAAAAUGCAAUGAUUUUCAAAUCCUUUGACAUAAAUUUAAUUGAACAAAGUACAAAGACAUGAUAUAUAAUGAUCCAACUGAUAAACUUUGCUUUUUGUAAAUAUACACUUACUCUGAAUUUGAUGCCUGCAACUUUUCUUUUCCAUUCUUGCUUGAUAUACGACUUCAGUUGCCCAACAGUCCAGGGUCUCCAUUGCUGUAUUUGGCGCUUCAUAAUGCACCACACACUUUCAAUGGGAGACAGGUCUGGACUGCAAGUAGGUCAGUCUAGUACCUGUACUCUUUUACUACGAAGCCACACAGUUGUAACAGAAUGUGUCUCAUUGUCUUGCUGGAAUAAACGGGGACAUCCCUGAAAAAGAUGUUGUCUGGGUGGCGGCAUUUUGCUCCAAAACCUGUAUGUACCUGUAUGCAUUCACAGUGCCUUCACAGAUGUGAAGUUAGCCAUGAUGCCAUGGGCACUAAUACACCCCCAUACCAUCACAGACGCUGCCUUUGGAACUUUGAGCUAGUAAAAAUCUUGGUGGGCCUGUUUCUCUUUAGCCUGGAGAACACAAUGUCCAUGAUCUCCAAAACAAUUUGAAAUAUGGACUUGUCAGACCACAGCACACUUUUCCACUUUGUGACAGCCCAUCUAAGAUGAUUUGGGCCCAGAGAAGUCUAAAGUCUUAACUCUAGAGAUUUCUCCAGAUUCUCUGAAGAUGGUGAAAUCCCUAAAUUCCUUGCAAUUGUUCUUUGAGAAAAGUUCUUAAACUGCAGGAUGGUUUACCCAUGCAGUUUUUCACAAAAUGGUGAAUCUCACGCAAUCUUUACUUGCCUUUAUCACCUGUUACCAAUGAACUUGUUUACCUGUGUAAUGUUACGGAUGGUUUUAGGCAUUCCACAACUUUCUCAGUCAUUUGUUGCCUCUGUCCAACUUUUCAGUAAUGUGUUGCAGGCAUAGACUGCAUAUAAAACAACACAUCUCCACAUCCUUUCACUAUACAACAAUGAAGCCAAAAUAUUCGAUGUAUUCGCUGCCAUCUUGCGCUGGGGACAUCAUUUGGAGCCAGAGUCUGUGUGCAGUAUUGAGUUCCCACCCAUACACCCAUCCCACCAGUCACGAGCAGCGCAAUUUACCACGAGCACAGCAGUGGCCCAUAUAGCUAUCGAUGUCAGCCUCCUUUUGAUAGCCACAAAUAACUAGUUAUAACCAAACUUAAGGCAAAAAAAAUAAUAUUUGAACAAACAUCAGCGAGAACAGAAAUACCUAAAAUAACAGAAACCAUCAUUGGGAAAAAAUGUAUUUGACGUGUACUUGGUCUUCUUAGUUUGGCCCAUCCACUAACAUGCAGGGGGUGGGGUUUUAUGACCCAUACUGCAGCCAGCCAACAGGGGGCAAUCCAGAUGUUUUGGCUUCACUUUGAUGGUUAAUCUAUGGUUGCAGGCAUCAAAUUUAGAAUGUGUAUAUUUACCAAAAACACAGUUUCUCAGUCUGAACAUUAAAUAUCUUGUCUUUGUACUGUCUUUAAUUGAAUAUAGGUUGGAAAGGAUUUGCAAAGCAUUGCAUUCUGUUUUUAUUUAUGUUUUAUACAGCGUCCCAGCUUUAUUCAAAUUGGGGUUAUACAUAGGUGUGUUCUUAUAUACAGGAGGGACACUCAAAGACAGGGUGACAAGGCUGCUGUCAUUCAAAGGGAUGUGACGCAAUUACUGCUCAAACAUUACAUAACUUAACAUGUUCAGACAGUCUCUCCCAGAAGUCACUGACGGUAUUGGACUCAUAGACACAUGAAAAGUGACAGGUAGUUAUGUGAAGAAUGACUAGAGAAACAAGUUAAAACACUUAGUAUAAUUGCAGGAUUCAGUGUUGGAGAGUAACUAAAAUACCUACCCAGUGUCGUCACUGGAAAGAUGUGGUUUGAGGGGGUGUUACAUGCCGGUUGACCAUUCAACAAGCACUUUGCGUGAAGCAUACUGAGGCCUUAAGAGGAGGAAAGUCAGUUUUCUGUGCUACAUUACAGGAUAUGGUUGUCAUAAUAGCAAACUUAUUAAAUCAAUCCAUUCCUUCAGUUGCUUUCCUACAUAGCAAUAACAUACCUGAUGAAAAUGAAACUGAGCAUGAUGCCAAAUUUGAUUAACUGCCUCCAAUUUUAACAUAGUGGGGGCUACAGUGCGUAAUGGCAGUAAACCUGCGGUGGCCUGCAAGAUAGGAAAAAGGCAUUUAAAUAUCUCUAAAUAUCUUAAUACCUCUGGGCUUUGGCUGUGUGUUCCAAUGAACACAAUUUAUCAUGUUCUCAGGGUGGGAAGCCAGUGAGGGCUUGCAGCUUUGUCGCUGCACUAGUGACUCCUGCUGGUUGGUUAGGAUGCUUGCACCAUGGGGAGUGAAUUUGGGGAGGGACGCUUGAACCCCACACGUUCUACCCCCGUGGUGAAUCCUAUCGCUGUUAGCAGUGGCAUGGCUCAGCUGGAUUUGGCAUUCCAAUUCCAGAUGUCAAUAUCUACCUCCUCCUACCCAUAAGCCCUUGCAUUUUUAAGGUCAUGUCCUGUUGGCUGGGAUUGUGUUUGCAGUCCUGCCACAUCCAGGGAUGGCUUAGACCUGCAUUUUUGGGAAUCACUGUAAUAUUUCUUUUUGGGGAAUGGCAAUGUUCUCACCUCGCCUAUUGAACCAAACUAGGAGUCUGAAUUCACUGCCCUUGACAUGCUUGGAGUGAGCGUGCCCAUGGAGCUCCAUAUACUGCUUCACCCAAACUUUGCUAAUAUUCUGCCAAGUUUCCAGAACUCUUGCAUUAAAAAGAUGUUUGCAAGAUGUUAUGGAAAUAAGAAAUAUCACCCAGACUACUUUGCCAUAUCUCAGAAUGUCCCUGCAGUCUUAGCAAGUCAUGUCUUUGUUGAUCUCAUCUCCUUGACUGAAGGGGAGCACAUUUCUAAAUUCCAGUGUUAGUACUGUAAAGAAUGGCAUCAUGUUUGUGUGUGAGAGAAUUUAUUGUUUUUGAUUUCUACAUGAAUGAUGGAUAUGUCUGUUUGAGAGGGUAUAGCAUCUGAAAUGUGAAGACUCAUUCAGAUUGGACGAAAAUGAAGACUGAAGUUGGACAAAAUGAAAACACAAAUAGUACCCUUUUCUACUGCUCUUUCCAUUUGUAUGUGUAGAUGUGAAAAUAGCAUGGUUUAAAAAAGUAGUAAAAGUCUGUAGCCUGUGUGAACAGAAGGUGUUAGGAGAGGAACAAAAAAAAAGUGUGUUGUGGACAGAAGUAAGUUUACAAUGCAAAGGUUUUCAGAAAAGCUAACAAAUGAAAUCAGUGAAUUCAACUUUCUUUCUUCCUUUGUGCAUAAAAUGUAUGUCACUUCAGAAAAUCUCCACAAAUGAACCUUUCUGGAUUUUCUUAAAUGUUAUCUCUCCCCUUUGAUUAAACUACUUAAAUGUGCUAUUUGCUUAUUUAAUGAUGAGCAAAGUUUGGAUGUCUGACAGUGAUUUUAAACAAGGACUUUGUUGAAGGACCA